GUGGUUUGGGCACACUGUGUUCUUUGCACGUGUAAAAUUUGUUGUUUGCCAAGCUUCCGGAUUUUCGAGUUUAACAAGGACCAUUUUGUCGCGAUGAAGUGGACUACGGCAAAUAUUAAGCAUGCAAACUACACGGCAAAGCACGAACUGUAUGUGGGAACCCACACUGGGUCUUUUAAACACCUGGUGCCCGGUUCCGAAAAAACUCCUCAUGGGCAAAGCAAUCUGAGCGAACUGGGUUCUCUAGACAAGGAGUCACGCGUCACAUCACUUGCCUUUGGCAACGAGGCGGAGACUGAAAUAUUGCUCGGUCGGGCCAAGAACGCCGUGGAGCUCCUCUCCUUUGCAGAGGGAGGCACCUCCAGAAAGACUGUAUCAUUCAGCUCCGCACCUAUCGUGGGACUGGCCCGGUACAAUGACAAGCUAAUUGCUGGCAUUGGUAACGGGCAGAUACAGACUCUUCAGCUAGAGGUAGAUGAGGAGUCUGAGCCCGUGGUCAUCACUACGGGAAAUCAAAUUGACCAUCUGCGUCAAUGUGCGCAGGUCAGGAGCGUUGUGGCCACCGGCGGAAAGGAGCGGCAAAAUAACCUGAAGGUGUACGAUUUAUGUUCCGACGCCAAGCAGGUUUUCAGCUCCAAGAACCUACCAAACGACUAUCUGCAGCUGGAGGUGCCCGUUUGGGACAGCGACAUCGGCUUCGUAGAUGGGCCUAGUGUGCUAGCCACCUGCUCACGAACGGGCUACAUUCGCUUGUACGAUACGCGCAAGCAGCGACGUCCGGUUGCGUGCUUUGCCAGUGAGGAGCAUGGAAUGAGCUUUACGACUCUGGUGGCACGUGGAAAUUUCAUUUACUCGGGCACUACAAUGGGCGCACUGAAGGCCUUCGACACACGACGCAUGAAAACACAUGUCCAUACUUACAAGGGAUUCACUGGUGGUAUCAGUGAUCUGCAUCUGGACAGCACGGGUCGGUAUUUGAGCUCGGCUAGUCUAGACCGAUAUGUGCGUAUCCAUGACUCGGAAUCGACAGUGCUGCUCUACCAAUGCUAUGUCAAAUCGAAGGCCACCAAGAUCCUCAUACGUCAGGCAAAAAACGAAUCGCAGGUCUCUGAAGAGGAUGAGAGGGAGGUACAGCUGGAUGUAGAGGAUAGCUUAAAGAAAAGCAAGAGGAUUAAGGCAACACCUGUAGACGAUGAAUACGAAAACCUUUUUGAUCAAAUGCCUACUGUGGGCGACAGUGAAGAUGAACCCGCAGAAACAAACGCAACACAAUCCAAGCCGAAGCUAAAACGGAAGUCUGUCAACCAGAGUUUAAAACCAAAAAAGAAAAAAAAUUAAAAAGCUAGUGUCAUUUUAAGUAGUUUAAGGCAAAAAGAUUCAAUAUAAAAUUAUAGUUUUUAAA